AUGAGAUUUCUGCCUUUGGGCAAAAGGGCGUGUGAUAUUUGUUCUGCUUUCCGUGAACCUCCCUUUAUUACUCCUCACUUGCUCUUAUUGGACAAUCUUCUUACAGCAUUCAAGUUCUGUUUUGUGAGGAAUCGAAACUCAACAGGAGUAUCAGUUUUGUAUUAUUCCAUCCAGAUGUCAGAUUUAGAAAACCAUGAGGAUGAGUCGAGAGAUUCAACAUUUCUGCUAGACAGUCUAAACGGUAAAGAACAACAAAGAUUGCAUGAAGAAGAUUCACUUUGCAUGAAAAUGGUGGAAUCUGCAACGAACAGUGAGAGCAGAGAUGAAGGGAGUGACUCUUUAGAGGAAAAUGCCAAUGAGAUGAUUGCCUGUUUUAUGAAAGGAUUUCCUGCCCAGAAAGAAGAAAUUGAGAAAUGUAUUGGUUGCAUUCGGGAAGUGGCAGACAAAAUUGACAAAAUCCACAAGGACUGCACAAUUGCCACCAUCACUGCUAGCUCCGCAGGGGCCACCUCUGGCAUCCUGACCAUUGUGGGCCUGGCCUUGGCCCCGGUCACUGCAGGCGUAAGUUUAAUCCUGACAGGUACUGGCCUCGGACUGGGGGUAGCAGCAGCAACUACGGGCAUCUCUGCUAAUGUAUGUGAACGUGUCAUGAAUUCAAAGGAAAGGGAAAAAGCAAAAGACCUCAUGACGAAAUGUGAGGAAACCCUCAAUAAAUGCCAGGAGAACAUAAAGGCAAUUAUGAGCCUUGAUCAAGUAGAUUUCAAUCUUGGAUUUCCUACAGGUGACAAGACUAAUGAGGCAGAUGAUCAACUUUUCUUAUCUAAUGCCAUUCGUCCAAUUCCAAAUCAAUUUGACACAGUAAAGGAAAUCAUAGAGAAUGUUAGUGCUCUUGGAGCCAAUCCUAACUUGAAGGCCUCAAUCAAACGAGUUUUUUCUUCUGCAGGAAACACAUUUCCAGCUUCCAGGAAGGUACCCAACAUAGGAAGAAACUCAUCUAGAGGAGAUGCCCUUGCCAUAAACAACAUUAGCAGAAUAGCAGGAAUUGCAUUUGCUGUAGCAGCUCUUCUGGGAAGUGUUUAUAAUAUUGUCCAGGAUGCCAUACACAUAAAAAAUGGUGCUAAGGCAGAUAUGACUGCUGAGAUCAGACAAAAGGCAUGUGACUUGGAAGAGACACUGAAGGAUCUCAACAAGCUCUAUGAUGAAGUGAAACGCAUUGUGUGAAUAUGAAAGCCAUCCUAGUUAGACAUCUCAUUUUAUAUCAUUUGUUCUGCUGGUGAAUAUGGGAAAGUUGUUUUGCUUCCAGUAAAUGACAAGCAAAGAUAUACCAGUAAUGGUAGGAGAAUGGGGCAACGCUGAGCACCAUCUUCCUUAUUUUUUAAUAUAUGUAUUAAAAACAAUAGUUCAAUUGAUUAGAUAGACAUUGUUCAGUCAUCAGGACAGCAUGAUUCCGAACUGGUAUCUUAUGGCAAAAUGUUUAGGUAAAUAAACACAGUUGUUAAGCUGCAGAAUCCAUUAGGAUCAGUCGCACAUCUUUAAAACCUUUUUUGAGAAGUAUGGAAAAGAUUAUGGGUAUAGAUUUAAGCCAAGAAAUCUGGAAAAAUAUAUUUAAAUGUAGGUGCUGGCCCAAAAGAGAGAGAGCCCAAAUUAACAACAUACAACUAAAAAUACUGGAUAUGUUAAAAUAGUUCUGCCUGACAAUAUUUAUAGUUGCCAAGUAAUCCAAAGGCUAAAUUAACUAGAUUAACUGUUUUAUAUAUGGGAAGUGUUGCAAUGAUUAACAUGAAAACUUUUACCUCAUUUGUUACUACUUUUGUCCAUAAUUCAAGUUGAAGUAACUGGAAAAAUGCUAAAGAAUUUUCAAUUAUAAAGCAUUCUAUGUAGAACUAUAAACUAGAGGGAAAUCUACUAAAUUGUAACAUGCUUUAAAAUAAAAUGGUUCUAGACAUUCGAGUUAAUAUCAUUUCAGGGCAAAAAAGAAGGUGGGUGAGAUGCUGUAUUGACAAAAUGGGACUGGCACAGUCAGUUACUAAACUCUCUGUUAACCAACACCCAAGAGGAGGGGUAAAUGCCAGAUAAAUGUAGUUCCUGAUAGUUUGAGAGUUACUAGUAAAAACUGGCCUAAUAUUAUAUGCUAUAUUAUACUGUAAACUCUGUAUUGAUUUGAUAUUAAUAUUGAAAUACUAUUAACAAAUUAACAAAACAAAUUAAGAAAAAUUUAAUUUAACGUAACAUCAUUUUACUGUUUUAUUGUAUUAUAAAACAGCUGAUUUUAUUUAACUUUUUUUUUUCCUUUUUUGCCGGUCGCUUGCAAGUUCUGGUUGAUUGGGUUCUGGUUAACUGAGAGUCUACUGUACUUAAAAUAUAUAUUCAUGAUUUAUUGAAG